AUGUCAACGAGCAGCAGUUCAAUGCAAAGGAGCUCCCAUGGAAACCUCACAAAAGUUUUCAAGUGCAAAAGCUGUGUGCUGAUCUUGAUGGACAACGACGAAGAACGUACGGCCAGAUUCAUCAGGCUUGGGGAAUUUGUGAUUAAUCUCGUCAUGGCAUCAAUGGACCGAGCUUUGGUGACGUGCGUUUGCAUGGUGAAUCAGCUUCAAUGGCCGAUAGCAAAGGACUCUCCUAUCAUCCGCGUUGGGCAAAGGUUCUUUGUGUUGGGCUUUCCAGGGCUCUUGUAA